AUGCCGCGGAGCCCCACGUCAAGCGAGGAGGAGAUGGCCCAGAGUUUCUCCGACUCAGGAGGCUCAGAGACGGAUAGCUCCAGAGAGGAGAUCCCUGUGCUUCGUCCAAGCAGCGGACGAAUGCCCACCAAUCAGAGAGACACCCUCCUCAUCUGUGUGGUUAUCCCUGACCUCCAACAGUCUAAAUCGAUGAGGUUCAGACCCGAUGCCACGGUAUGGGUUGCUAAGCAGCAGAUCCUCUGUACACUGACCCAGAGUCUGAGGGACGUGCUAAACUACGGCCUCUUCCAGCCGGCCGUCGAUGGGAGAGAGAGCGGCUUUCUCGAUGAGGAGCAGCUCCUUGGAGACCACCCCUUGCCUAGCAACAAGGGUGUGCCAACUCUAGAGUUCCGCUAUAAGAGUAGGGUUUACCAGCAUCCCAGUGUCAACGAGAAGCAGAUUGCGAAGCUUCAUACGCAAGUUAACCUGAGGAAGUUUAUGGAUCAUAUCCAACAUCACCAGCUGGACAGAGUUACUAAGAUGUUGGAAAGAGGCCUUGAUCCAAACUACCAUGACCCAGAAACUGGUGAGACUCCGUUGACCUUGGCCGUCCACCUGGACAAUAUAGUGGAGAUCAUCUCAGCUCUUAAAAAAGGAGGAGCACAUCUGGAUUUCCGCUCCAAAGACGGGAUGACUGCUCUUCAUAAAGCUGUCAGAGCGAAGAAUCAAAUUGCUCUCAAAGCUCUGCUGGAGCUGGGAGCUUCCCCUGACUAUAAGGACAGUCAAGGGCUGACUCCGCUGUACCACACUGUGACUGUAGGGGGCGACCCCAGCUGCUGUGAGGUGCUUCUCCGGGCCCAUGCUGCCGUGGCCUGUCACGACGAGAAUGGCUGGCACGAGAUCCACCAGGCAUGUCGAUAUGGCCACGUUCAGCAUUUGGAACAUCUGUUGUUCUACGGGGCAGACAUGGGCGUGCAGAAUGCCUCUGGAAACACUGCUCUUCAUAUCUGUGCCCUCUACAAGCAGGAAAAUUGCGCCCGAGUUCUCCUGGUCCGUGGAGCCAACAAAGAAGUCAAGAACUACAGAGGACAAACGCCCUUCCAGGUGGCUAUUAUCGCAGGGAACUUUGAACUGGCAGAGUUCAUAAAGAACCAUAAAGACACUGAUAUUGUGCCUUUUCGGGAGGCACCGGCGUGCCCGACCAGCAGGCGGCAGGGUGGUAAAAGUACCCUCGCUGCCCCCAGAGUGCUGCUGCGUUCCAACAGCGACAACAACCUCAACGUGAGCAAGCUGUCUCCGAGCCGCUCGCGAUCUCCGUCCCCCUCGCCGGCCGCCUCUCCCCUGCGCAGUCUCUCGCCCCGCCUGCCCCAGCAGAUGCAGAACAGCCCCAAUGGUGCGCUGAAGAGCAUGGGCCGAGGCUCCCGCACGCCCCGUAGCCGCUCGCCCUCGCUGGGACGUCUGGGCGAGGAACCGCGCAGGCAGACUCCUCAGCGCCAUGCUAGGUCAGUCGCUGACAAAUGUAUAACUGACAAUCGCAGUGAUGAGCAGUUGUUUGAAACUCCUGGGACCAAACGGAAGCUGUACAGUGCGGUUCCUGGCAGGCACUAUGUGGUGGUUAAGUCUUACCAGGCACAGUCUGAGGGAGAAAUCACCCUCUACAAGAACGACAGAGUCAAAGUUCUCAGUAUCGGAGAAGGAGGAUUCUGGGAGGGUAGUGCCCGCGGGAACGUGGGUUGGUUUCCGGCAGAGUGUGUGGAGGAGAUUCCAAACAAGGCCAGUGAGGACAAACCCUAUGGCAGAGCAGACCGUUCGGAGAGGAGGAAGCUCUUCAGACAUUAUACUAUGGGAUCCUAUGACAGCUUUGAUGCGUCAAGCGAUUGUGUUAUUGACGAAAAGACGGUAGUGCUGCAGAAGAAGGAUAACGAAGGAUUCGGGUUUGUGCUGCGCGGGGCGAAAGCUGACACACCGAUUGAGGAGUUCACUCCGACCCCAGCCUUCCCUGCUCUGCAGUAUCUGGAGUCUGUGGACGAGGGAGGGGUGGCAUGGCAGGCAGGUCUUCGGACUGGAGAUUUCCUCAUUGAGGUUAAUCAAGACAAUGUAGUCAAAGUGGGCCACAAACAAGUGGUUAAUAUGAUCCGACAUGGGGGUAACCACUUGAUCAUCAAGGUCGUGACAGUUAGCCGAAAUCUAGAUCCUGAUGACACAGCACGAAAGAAAGCUCCACCACCUCCAAGGAGGGCCCCCUCUACUGCCCUGUCUAUGCGUUCUAAAUCCAUGACCUCAGAGCUGGAGGACCUAGUGGAUAAAGCCACUCUGAGGAAAAAGAAGGAUAAGGUUGAAGAGGUCAUGCCCCCCCAAAAGCCUGUAUGGGACAAUUCAACUGCAGAUGCAAGGGUAGCCACCGUGAAACCACGCCCAACCAGCAGGUGCUUCGCUGUGCCACAAGAAAUGAAUUCCCUGUGCAAUAGUCAGGAUGUGGCAACGGAUUCUCCAACAGUGCCUGGGAGCCCCCAAGGCCCCUACUUGGGUGUACCUAAAGGUACCAUUAGGCGGCAGACAUCUAUAGGAGUGACUGAGGAAGAGAAGCAGUUCCUUACACCUCCUCCUCUGAAAUUCACACGAAGCCUAUCCAUGCCAGACACGUCAGAGGACAUCCCGCCCCCUCCAGCCAUUUCCCCUCCAUCCCCUCCUCACAACAACCCACCUGCAUCUGCUGGGCGGGGCUAUGGCACUAUUAGAUCAGGCCUCCAGCAAGGCCCUGCCUCCAACAGCACAGCCCCUGAAAGAGGAGACUCUGGCCUAGGUUCGGGAUGGAAAGAGCAGGGAUUGUAUUAUAGAGACAGCCCCCCAGAGCAGUAUGACUCUGAAGGUUAUAACCACAGUCCCACUGCUCAGCAAAGCCUCCACAUGCGACGGGCACAAAUCCCCGAAAACCCCUAUUCUGACGUGGGGAAACUGGGCCACUCAGGCCUAUUUGUACCCAACAAACCAGCCAGGAGAAAGGGUAUGCUGGUGAAACAGCCCAACGUGGAGGAUAGUCCUGAGAAGACCUGCUCUAUCCCUAUUCCUACUAUCAUCAUCAAGGAGCCCUCUACCAGCAGCAGUGGCAAGAGCAGCCAAGGCAGCAGCAUGGAGAUUGAGACCAGCACGCCUGACCACCCGGGACAACUGCGGCCCGAGGAUGGGCUUACUGCUGGCAGCCCCUUUGUGGCAGCGGUCACUGGUGCGGUGCGGGACCGAGAGAAGAGACUGGACACUCUUCGGAAUUCGCCGUCCUUCAAGUCUACUGAUCAUGGUGACGAAGAUGUGGCUCCCACCCCGGCUCCACGUCUCCGUCAUUCCAAAUCCAUCGAUGAAGGGAUGUUCAGCAGCGAUGAGCGGCUACGGCGGCUCAUGGCCCCGCCCUCCUCCCUUCUCAGUAUCCCACGUGGUGGAGGUAACGUGAUGGACUUUAACAGCCCUGAGCCUACCACAGUGAGGGAUAUUCUCAACUUGCGCACGGGGCACAACCCUAUCAGUCUACCUGCUCACAAAACCUACAGCUCGGGGGGUGGUAACUAUGUUCACCCAGUCACUGGCAAGCCCCUUGACCCCAACUCACCACUAGCAUUGGCACUGGCUGCCAGGGAUCGUGCCAUGAGGGAGCAAUCACAGCCGAUGCCCCUAAAGAGUGAGCCAACUAAGCCCGACCUUAACAAACCGCUCUUUAUUGACACUAAGCUGCGGCCCACUAUGGAGGUGAGCUUUUCCAGCACAGCCACCAUGGGCCGACCACGAGGCGGCCUCCGCAGGCAAAUGACUGAGUCCAAGUAUGAGACGGAGUCCAAGUAUCAGCUGGACCUUGGCAAGCCAGAGAAAAGGGUUGAGGAGAAGAAGAACAUGUUGAUAGACAUUGUGGACACCUCACAGCAGAAGUCAGCCGGCUUGUUGAUGGUGCACACAACUGACGGCGCAAAAUCGGAGGAGAACAGCCUGUCAGAAGGCGAAGCUGUCAGCCCUGACAGCACUCCGGGUGAGCUCCGGGACCCCAAUCAGCCAGCUCCCGCUAACCCCCCUGCCACUGCCAAGCCACUCUCUGCCGCCCCACAUGGCAAAACCAUCAUCACUGUAAGUUCAGUGGAUGAACCUGUCAAGCUACCAUUUGGCAUCCCUCCUCCUCCAUUGGCCUCCGUCGACAUUGAUGAGGAAUUUGUUUUUGGUGAGCCCCUACCACCCCCCUUAGAGUUUGCCAACAGCUUCGACAUCCCUGAGGGCCAGGCAGGAACCAUGGCCGAGCUGCUCAAGCAGAAAAGCAAUGGCACACGUGGAUCCUCUCUAGCCCCUUUUUACCCCCAUCUAACUACUGGCAACAAUGAGGUCAAGAGGCCUACGGUUCUCACCAACUGUACGCCUCCUAGCUUCCCGCUGGAGGCUUACGAGCCCAUCACUGACUCGGGCAUUGAGGUUGACAGCCGCAGUAGUGGUGACCCCCAGCUGGAAACAACUAGCACUGUCUCCACCGUGUCCAGUAUCUCCACGCUGUCUUCAGAAGGUGGUGAGACCUUGGACACCUGCACCGUCUAUGCAGAUGGACAGGCUUUUCUAGCGGACAGGCCCCAAGGCCUGGCCAAGCCAAAAGCCAAGCCUGCCGUCAACAAGAGCAAUGCACUUUACAAGGAUGCCAUGAAUGAGGAGGGUGGGCCUGGCACUUUCCGUGUGCCUGCAUCCAUCCCUCCUCCACCCCCAGGAACUGCACCUCCAGAUCCUCCUAAAACACCGACACAGAGAACUUCCAAACUCUGGGGCGAUCCUGCAGAACUGAAGAACCCCCUUGCCCCAGAGACAAAACCCCAUGGGAUAGGAGAGCUGAACUUGGUUCUGCAGCACAUGAACAAGGACAAAGCACCAAAGCCAGGGGAGCCAUUAGAAUCGCCCUCAGGAUCCAGGACUCACUUUGGAACAAGGAAUCAGGAUGGUAUGUCUCUCGUCUCAGGUCAGCAGCCGACCACAGCUGCUGUGUUCUCUGCCCAGUCUGGCGCCACAGUGCCUGUGCCAUCGCCAUGCCGACAGGCAGAGAGUCUGCCCCCGCACCAACCCCACCACCCCCACCACCAGUGUGCCCCAAGCCCCAUUAUGUCACCUCCAGACUCGGGGCUCAGCUGUGCCUCCUCACUCCCAACCUCCGUUCCCUCUCCCACUAUGACGGACGUGUUUGGCCUGCCGACGCCUCCCCUCAGCCUUGGCACAGGGCGCAGCCGAUCCCCUUCACCCCUCACCCUAAUCCAAGCCGCGUCCAACAAACCCUUUGCCACCAAACCCGUUCUUGCGUGGACCAAACAGGAUGUUGCUGACUGGCUGGAGAGCCUCAACCUGGGUGAACACAGGGAUGCUUUCAUGGACAAUGACAUUGAGGGCUCCCACCUCCCUAAUCUCCAGAAGGAGGACCUGAUCGAUUUAGGAGUGACACGUGUCGGCCAUCGAAUGAACAUCGAGCGGGCGCUCAAAGUGCUUUUGGACAGAUGA